AUGGCGUCGUCGUCGCCGCCGUCGUGGAUCAUCCUGGGCAGCGUGGCGCGGGUGUCCGGCACGGACGCCGCGGCCGAGGACAUCCCGCCGGGCGCCGACCUCGCGCUCGCCCUCGCCGCGCCGCCGCGCGUCACCCUGCUCACCGUGCCCCUGCGCGUCUCGCCCGGCCCGGACGAGUACCCCAUGGUCCUCGCCGUCGACCCCUCCGGCCUCCUCCUCCUCUCCACGCCCCCGGCCCCGAGGCCUCGCCCGUUGCCGCCCUCCAGACCCGACGCCGACGGCUUCGUCACGCUCAACAUCACCGACCGCAAGCCCCCGGGCUACUACGUCUGCGACGCCUCCUCCUCCUCCGCCGCCCGCCUCCCCGGCAACGGGCGCAGUUUCCUCGACGCCCGCUCCGUCGGCCUCCUCGCGUCCCCGGCGGGCGGCGGCCACUACAUGGUCGUCGAGCUCCAGCCGCUCAUCGGCAGCGACGAGGCCACGCUGCUCUGCUUCUCGUCCGUGACGGGGUGGUGGAAGGAGAAGGACGUGUUCUACCCCGUGCGCUACGGGAUCUGGAACACCGACGCCGCGAUCACCAACGCCGGGAAGCUCUGCUGGGUGGACCUCUCCUCCGGCAUCCUCUCCUGCGACCCGUUCGCCAAGAAGCCGGUCCUGGACUUCGUCGAGCUCCCGGAGGGCAGGCUGCGGCAGAAUAUCCACUGCCUCCACUGCGCCGGGAGAGAGCUGAGCACGCGCCGCUGCGUGCAGGUCAGCGCUGGCAUGUUCCGCCUGGUGGAGCUAACCUGCGGCGACCACAGCUCUCGGCCCAGGGGCGUCGUGCUCGCCUCUUGGAUGAGGCUCCAGCAGGCGCAGUCCCGGAGCCACCGCAAGGCACCUCGGGUGGUCAUGUGGACGCUGGCCGAUCAGGACACCGGGGAGUGGAAGGUGGAGCACAGGGUGAACUUGGCGGACGUCUGGGCGGAUGGGAGCUACAAGGCCACCGGGCUGCCCAAGAAAACACCUGUGCUCGCGCUCGUCCACCCCAAGAACCCAGAUGUGGUGUACUUCUUCCUGGGCAAGCACCUCUUGGGCGUCAACCUGCGCACGAGGAAGGUGGUGGAGUGUGAGGUCUACGAGCUGGUCGGACCGAGCAGGAAACAUGUCUCCUCCCGCUGCGUUCACCCAUGGGAGCUGCCGGCAACGCUUUGUGUAGGUAAUCAACAAUAA